UGUCGGACAAGCACUGGGGGUGCUUUGCUUUGAUAAUGGAGUGCCAUUUCAUCACCAUCAUUAUUGAGUGAUUGAGCCGACAAGACACCACGCCGCAUUUGAGGACCGAACAGUGUAAAACCGACGGCGAGUUUGCUCUGCUUCAGUCACUCGGGGCACAACACCGUAUCCGAAGAAGAUGUCCCUCAAACUCCCUCCCUCCUUGAUGCUGAUUUUCUACGUUGUACUCUCCCUCUGUUCAAUCUAUGCAGUGUCGGGCUACAAAGAUGUCGACGACCCCGCAAUCAGAACGAUGGAGGAGUUUUCUGGGUACCCUUUUGACGAGACCCACUCAAACACCCAAUCACUGUCAGUAGAUGCUGAAAAUCUGCAAAAGCAGAUUGAUGAACUCGCCACUUUCUCUGAUACGCCGGCGCCAUCAGUGACCAGGGUGCUCUACACUGAGAAGGAUGUGAUUGCUCGGAGGUACAUAAAAAACAUAAUGGGGCUUGCCGGUCUCUCUGUCAGAGAGGAUGCUGUUGGUAACAUAUUUGGUCGAUGGGAAGGCUAUGAACCGGACCUUGCUCCAGUCGCUUCGGGUUCUCAUAUCGAUGCAAUUCCUUACUCUGGAAAGUACGAUGGGGUUGUUGGUGUUUUAGGUGCAAUAGAGGCUAUCAAUGUUCUAAGAAGGUCUGGUUUCAAACCUAAAAGGUCAUUGGAGAUUAUCAUGUUCACUUCAGAAGAGCCUACACGGUUUGGUAUCAGCUGUUUGGGAAGCCGCUUAAUGGCAGGGAGUGAGAUGCUCCUCAAAGCUCUGGAGACAACAGUUGACAAUCAAAAUAUAUCCUUUAUCGAUGCUGCAAGAUCUGCUGGGUACGCUCAAGAAGAAAAUGAUUUAAGAAGCGUAUUUUUAAAGAAAGGGAGUUAUGCGGCUUUUGUGGAGUUGCAUAUUGAGCAAGGACCUCUACUUGAAGAGGAAGGUAUAUCUGUUGGUAUCGUAACGGCCAUUGCUGCUCCUGCAAGUAUAAAAGUGGAUUUCAAAGGUGGUGGUGGACAUGCAGGUGCGGUGUUAAUGCCUCAUAGAAACGAUGCAGGGCUAGCAGCUGCUGAGCUGGCAUUGGCGGUUGAGAAGCACGUGUUCGAUUCUGGUUCCAUUGAUACUGUUGGUACAGUUGGCAUUCUGGACCUGCAUCCUCGAGCAAUCAACAGCAUCCCGAGUAAAUCACACCUGGAAAUAGAUACUCGAGACAUUGAUGAAGAAAGAAGAAACAAAGUAAUCGAGAAAAUCCACGAGUCUGCUGUAUCAAUAGCUAAGAAACGUGGCGUGAGGUUAGCGGAGUUCAACAUAAUCAAUCAGGACCCACCGGCUCUCUCAGAUGUCUCGAUCAUCGAGGCAAUGAAAUCUGCAUCGAAGGAGCUCAACCUAACACACAAGUUGAUGAUCAGCAGAGCUUAUCACGAUUCACUUUUCAUGGCCAGGGUUUCUCCGAUGGGUAUGAUCUUCAUUCCAUGUUUCAAAGGAUAUAGCCAUAGACCCGAAGAAUUUUCUUUGAUCGAGGACAUAUCAAAUGGUGUGAAGGUAUUAGCGUUGACCCUUGCCCAGCUGUCCCUGAAGUGAAGCUAUUUGAUCUGGACAGCAAUUCACAUGGUCCCGAUCCUAGGCGGUCUUUCCUUGGUAUAUUGGCCUAUUCAUCGUCGGAGGAGAUAGCUUGCUUUAUGAUGUAAAAACUAAAAGUUAUGCAGUGCAUGCCAUGGUGAUACGAUGUAAUUUGACAGAAGUUGGAUGGGAGAGAAGUAGCGAAAAAUUUUCAAUUUACGUUCACAUUUUGUUCAA